UUGCCAUGUUUUAUUAUUGCUUCACCUCCUAUUUGGAAAUGUCGAAUUAUUGUAGUCUGCUUCUCGGGCUCACAUGUAGUUUUGUUUAUUUCAUGUAUGGAGAAAUUUAGAUUAAAGAUUUAACAUGAUAAUUCGCGUAAUAAAUCGGGUUUCUUCAAUACGAAAGUGCAGUUUUGUUUUUCAGCGAUUUUGUGCUAGUAAUGUUUUGAAAUUAAAUGAAAGAGGACUAUUGCAGGACAUUUUCCCUCCACCAAGCCCAAAUCUUCAAAAGCUAUUGUCACAACCACAAUGUUUCUAUGCUGGAUUUGAUCCUACUGCCGAUAGCCUCCACAUAGGAAACCUUUUGGUGUUAAUGACCAUGUUGCAUUGCCAACGUGCUGGUCAUCAACUCAUAGCCUUGAUUGGAGGAGCUACUGCUCUGAUUGGUGAUCCCAGUGGAAAGGCGAGUGAAAGAAUAGCUUUGCCAGAAGGAAAAGUCAGAGACAAUGCAGAUGUGAUAGCUGAAAAUAUUACAAGAAUAUUCCAGAACCAUCAGAAAUAUAUUUGGGAGAAAAAUAGAGAUCCAAAUAGACUGAAACCAGUAAAGCUAGUCAAUAAUGCAGAGUGGUACAAUAAUGUUAGUAUUACACAAUUCUUGAGCACAGCAGGAAGGCAUUUUCGAGUUGGAGCAAUGCUCGGCAGAAACAGUGUCCAAUCAAGGCUUAAUUCCGAAGCAGGGAUCAGUUUUACUGAAUUUUCUUAUCAAGUGCUCCAAGGCUACGAUUGGCUUCACCUACUAAAGAAAUAUAACUGCCGAUUCCAGAUCGGCGGUAGUGAUCAAAUGGGAAACAUAGUCUCGGGUCACGAUUUGAUCAGCCGAAUGGGAUUAGAUGAAGUGUUUGGACUUACGAUCCCACUCGUCACUAACGAAGAAGGUUCAAAAUUAGGCAAAACGGCUGGCAACGCCGUAUGGAUUACACCAUCGAAGACGUCACCAUACGAACUCUAUCAGUUCUUUAUGAGAAUGAAAGACUCUGAGGCGGAACAAUUGUUGAAGCUGUUUACGUUUCUUUCGACGGAAGAAAUCUCCCAGUUAAUGGAGAAACAAACGGCGAAACCGGAAUCUCGAGCCGCUCAUCGCAAAUUAGCACAGCAAGUGACACUGUUAGUUCACGGAGAAAAGGGUCUGCAGUCAGCGGAGCGUAUCACUGCGGCAUUGUAUAGUAAAUCGGCUGACUCAUUGGCUCAGCUACAGCCAAACGAGUUGAGCGAGACAUUCCGAGGCGCAACACUGGUAGAAAUUUUACUCGAGCCGGCCACUUCCGUUCUCGAUAUGGUCAUGAAAGCCAACUGUUUCGCCAGCGAAAACGACGCGCGUCGUAUCAUCUUGGCGGGCGGUUUGCACAUCAACCACAACAAGUGCACCGAUUAUACGGAGAUUCUGUCGCUCGGCCGUCACAUCCUGUCCAACGGGAUAAGCUUAAUCCGCGUGGGAAAGAAGCAUUAUUAUAUUGUUAAAUGGAUGUCGUAGCGGAAGAUGGGACUUACCUGUUUUAGCCGAAAUAAUAAAAGGAACAAAUCAAAU